UCCGCCGCGGACUAUUCACGCAGCAUCGGCCGUUGGACCCACAUUUCUAUAUAUGUGUCGCACGCGCGUAUGCGUGCACACACUCACACACCCACACACAUACACACACACGCACCCACUACACGCACACAUGCACGAAAACACGCACACUCGCUUACUCACUGACGCGUGUGCCGAUGCAAAAACGCAGGAAAGAGAAGAGAAAAGCGCGAAUCAAACCGUGAUCAAAUGUUACCAGCCACCCUUAGAGCGAGCCGUGCAAUGACAACAGCGCGUGUGACUGACGUGUGACACUAUAUAGUACAGUAGGAGGAACUUGUGUGAACAGACUGCGAAAAAGUGAACAAAGUGCCAAGUUUCGAGCAGUUCUGUAUCCGCGGAUCUCUCUUUCGAGUUCAGAAAGAAAAGUUCAGAGAGCCAUCAGUCAGACGAGGAGAAACACGAGUUUGAUCUUGAAUUUGGAAUCGACACGACUCCUCCGGUGAAGAAAAGGUUGAUCGACGUCGACACUCGGGUCCUCGAGAGGCUGGAUUCCACAUCGAGAAGCUAGAGAUCACUCGGUAUCGAGGUCGGAUACGCUAGAGGUGGAGUCACGUGUGAAGCGAGCCGAAGUGGCCACACUUUUACUUGCGAACGCGGCGUCAUUUUCGUCGGUCAACAGAAAUGGCGUCAGCGGCGGCAGAACUGGUUGUCGAGAGAGAGCCGGAACCGAUAAUCGAGAUGACAGACACGAAUCGAACGUUCGUGGGCGCUCAAGGGCUGGUGAAAAUGGCCUUGGACCAUUACACGGAAAUCCUCACCACGGUCUCGGACCCUCGAGUCAGCGACUGGCCUCUGAUGGACUCGCCGAUACCAACCUUCUUCAUCGUCCUUCUCUACCUGUACGGAGUGACGAUACUCGGGCCGCGGGUGAUGGCCAACCGGAAACCGUUCAAACUCAGGGGAACUUUGGUAGCGUACAACGCGUUUCAAGUAGUCUUCUCGUUAGGGAUGCUGUACGAGCACCUGAUGUCCGGCUGGUUGCUAGACUACAGUUACAAAUGUCAACCUGUAGACUACUCUCACAACCCGUCCGCGCUGCGAAUGGCGAAUCUAUGUUGGUGGUACUUCAUCAGCAAAUUCACAGAAUUCGCUGACACGAUAUUCUUCGUUCUGCGAAAGAAAGACAGCCAAGUGACGUUUUUGCACUUGUACCAUCACUCUCUAACACCUUUGGAGACAUGGAUCUGCGUGAAAUUCAUCCCUGGAGGACACGGUACUUUGGGAAACCUAAUAAAUAACGCGGUGCAUGUAAUAAUGUACAUGUAUUAUAUGGUGUCUGCGAUGGGACCGGAGUAUCAAAAAUAUUUAUGGUGGAAGAAGCACCUCACUACGGUGCAGUUGGUGCAAUUCUUCUUAGUGUUCGUGCACAGUGCUCAAGCUUUAGUCUUCGAUUGCGGUUACCCUAAACUGGUGGCAGCGCUUCUUCUGCUUCAUUCGACGAUCUUCUUCGCCCUCUUCUCAGACUUCUACCGUCAAGCGUAUAACAAAGACAGAACGAAGAAGAAGCUGAAGGACGAAUAAACGAAGGACAUUAUCGCGCGUUUUUUUUUUUUUUCUUUCUUUUCAAAUUCAUCCUCCGAUAUGCUCCAACGCGUCGAUCUCUCAGCCACGAUCGCGUGCACGAUCGAAAAUCACGAAUUCGGUUUAAAUGAGCAAGAAGCAUCUACGAAAAUUUUAUCACGUCGUCGUGUCGAAAAAUCGUUAUCGGUAGGUACGAAUUGUGACAAAGAUAUUCGAGUUAUACGUCUGGAUUCGUGAGUUCGGUCGUCUGGAGGAUCGAAACGAUUGUUCGAUUGGAGUGGAGCUUACAGAUUUCCUUCCGUAUGGAAGAGGAUUUCACUCGUUAUCCCUCCUAUCCUCUGCAGGGCAUCUCAGGUUUCGCGAACAGCUCGGACCAGGGCUUCCGAAGCACUCGCUCUUUGAGAAAAUCUCGAUGACUAGCUAUUCGAGACGGAUACGGGUAACAUUAUCGUUCAAAUUAACGUAUUUAAUGUAACGAACGAUCCAAGAAUCUUCGGUAAAAGCAAUCGAGAUCUGUUUUCAGCUCAUGGUUUACGUUCGCGCGAAAAAAAGUGCAUCGAAAACCCGUAGAAUCGACGUAGCUUGAUACAUCGAUCGGUCCUUGGUGUCGUCAAUUCAGUGCACCUUUUCUUUUUUUUUUUUUUUUUUUUUUUUUUGUACUACAGAUGCUACGCGUCGCCGGAUCUGUAAUUAAGAUUACUGUAAAUAAUAGGAUUAGUAAACGCCACGAGGUAUUAUCCUCGCGGUUUUAUUUAACAUAACAUGCGUGUUUUGAGUCAAUUACAAGAUAUAAUUGUCAACUUUUAUAAUUGUUAGAAGAAGGAGCUUAAUUACAAGAGCUUUUCUUUAAUUAAGUUAAUUAACUUAAUUAAAGAAAAAGAUUCAUUCGUUUAGAUAGAAAACAAACGUUCAAUUGAAUGUUCAACGAUUCAUCUCACGAACGUUCAAGCUCAAUCUUCUGAUUUCAUUUAUUUAUAUCUUUCUCAUUACUAUUACUAUAAUCGCGUGCUUUCGAGUAUUUAAAGCAACCUCAUAAACGACGAAUCAGAAGUGAAUAUGCUCGCAUAUUGCACGUAAGAUUAAAAAAAAUGUAUAAUAGCGAGUCAACGUCAACCUUCACAUCUAUCGCUGAAGCAGAAACACACAUACAUGUGCGUGCACGUACGCAUAGAUACACUGCGUGUAUUUUUAAAAAUGAAAUUUCACCCACUUAUUGACAUAACCAGGCUCCGCUGCCAUACAUGAACGCACACGACAGAAUUUCGCAUUGAUUAUCACAAGAACUUUCCUGUCAAUAUCUCAGUGAUAAAAGAAAAACGAUUCACGUCGUCGAGAAGAGAACAAUUAUCACUGAACAAUGACAAUAAUGUUCGAUUUGUAAUUGAUUGUCGCUGGUAUAGCAAAGACUAUUUGACAAACGUGUGUAACGUGUGAGAACAAAAGAAAGAAAAGAAUGAUGAUGUGUCGCUACGCGUUGCUCGCCGAAGAUUCUCGGGCCUACAUACAUUGGGGGUUAAAUGUCACUCACUCGAUUUUAUAAGAGAAAACAAUGAAAAAAUAACGGAACGUUAACGAUAAGCGACAACCUCCGUUACAAGCAGGUGCGAAACUUUCCUCGAAAGCCAACAGAGUAGAGGCACUCUCUACUUUAUCGAUUCAUUACACCCCUUCAAGAGGGAUGGGCAGAGAUGCCCAUCUCUGUUGUGAAAAACGAGCGGGAAAAAAACAAAUCUGACAUUUAGCAAUACAAUAAUUUGUUUAAGGAUCUAUCAUCGAACCUCAUUUUAAAGUUAUAAUUUAUUUAGUGUGCACCGCGCAUGAUAGAACUCUCCUGUAAAUAUGUAUUCUCUUUUAUUUCUUUUGUAAAAUGACAAAUAAAUGUUAAUAAUUUA